UCGAUGCUGUAAGUUCCUGUUCACAAGCUAGAGACUUAUUUGGUACAUUGGAAACACUUUAUGAUUAUAUAGGCAGUAGUAAGAAGCGAGUAGGACUUUACUCGGCAUCCCAAAGAAAAAUAUAUCCUGGAAAGCCACUGCGAAGACUAAAAAGAGUAGAUACUACCCGAUGGACAUCCCACUCAGCUGCUUUUUGUACGGUUUUCGACACAUAUGAUUCAAUCAUUGAUAUAUUAGAGGAUUUACAACACGAUUCUGAUCGUAUAUCGAGUGUCAAAGCUAGUAGCUUGAUAAAUUAUUUAUUGUCCGAGCGUUUUAUACUAACCGGUUUUAUUUUUAAGCAAAUUUUUGAAUUAACUAGCCCUUUAACUAAAUUUUUGCAAGGUGUUAAUAUUGAUUUGCUGGGUGCUAGUGAAUACGUAAAAUUGAUAUUAGAAAAAAUUCAUACAUUCAGAAGUGAGCAUCAAUUUAAAAAAUUAGUAGAAGAUAAAAAUACAUUUAUAGCGUCUAAGGCGAAUGAAUUAUCAUUCACUCCAUUAUCAUUAAACAGGAUAAGAAAAAAAAAAAUGCCAGGAGAAAAUAUAGCAGAUGAACAAAUCAGUUGUCCAAUCAAAAAUUUUCAAGUUAAUACUUACUAUACAAUAAUUGAUAUUGUAAAUACACAGAUAGUAGAGCAAUUCAAUGAUCAAUCUACUCCACUUUAUAAAGAUAUUUCACUUUUUCAAGAAAAAAGAUUAAAAAAAGUAGCAGAGCAGUCAAAUUUACCAACUGAUGCUUUUGAUGGAUUUGAAAUGGUCUAUGGGAAAUUUGUAAAAGCUGAUGAUUUAAGACAAAAAAUUCACAAAACAGAUGAUAUCGACGAAGAAAUAGAAACAAGUGAUAAUACUGAAAAUGAUAUUGAUCCAGAAGAUCUAGACUUAGCAACAAACCAAGGAAAUAUUUCGACGGUUUUUAAGGUGUGUCACCAAAAUGAUUUAAAAGAAGUGUUUCCAUCCAUUUAUAUUGCAUUAUGUAUAUGUUUAACUUUACCGGUUUCAAGUUCUUCUCCUGAAGAGCCUUUUCUAAAUUGA